AUGGUUGCAUUACUUACAGGUUCGGUAUUAAACACAUCAACUUCUAAAUAUAUACCAACAGAAGUUCAUAAAGAAUUAAAGUUUGACCUCGGCAAUUUAGCCGUUUUUGAUGACAGCCAUAUAGAUGAAGACAAUUUAAAAACAGAUAAUAGGGAAUUAUAUUUAAAAGAGUUAAACAAAGAGAAUGUUCAGGCUUUAAUAAAUUCUAUAUGGGGAUUACCUACCAUCCGCAAAGAUGAAGUGCUUCUUGCCCAGCUCCCCGAGCCUAUUACCCCUGUUCCCCGGGAAAAGCCCGUUCCCGAAAAAAGGCCGCCGACAAAGUGGGAGCGUUUCGCCCAGCUAAAAGGGAUAAAAAAGCGGAAGAAGUCGCGAUUGGUUUUCGACGACGUUACUGGGACCUACAAACCUCGAUGGGGUCACCAACGCGCUAAUGACCAAAGUAAGGAUUGGCUGAUAGAGCUACCUAAGCAAGCUGAUCCGUAUAUGGACGCGUUUGGAGAAAUAAAGGAAAAUAAAAAGGGCAGAAUAUUAAAAAACAAAAAGCAGCAGAACAACAACAACACCAACACUAUUGACGUCCGUCCGCAGGCCUUAAAGAAAAAAGCAUUGGAAAGAGAAAUUGUCUUAACAAAAAAGUCUACGGCUUCUCUUGGCCGUUUUGACCAGAAAUUGAAAGAAGAGCCCAAAAUAAAACAAGCUCAUGCUAAAAAAAACAAGUUUGCUUCUAAUAUUGAACCAAAAAAAGCGCGUGGGAAGGAGCAGUCCAUAAACAAGGCGAUCUUAAAAAAGGUGCUCGGCGGGGGCGCUAAGCCUCCUUAUAACGAAAGUGGAGCUGGUUUAAGUGUCAAAAAGAAUUCAAAUAAAAAGAAAAAUAGCAAAAUAUCAAAAGUUCAGCAAAACUCAAAACGACGAAGAAAAAAUUAGUG